UGGCAUCGGCAUCAGAUCGGCAUCAUGAUCGGCAUGGAUGUAUCUUGUCGCGCAUGAAUGACGUCAUCGAGACGUUUCCAAUCAUGGCGGCGGAAGGCUUUGAGGAGAUGAGCGGCAACGGGGAACUAGAAGAGUCUUCAGCAAGUGCCGUCAACCUCCAUAAAAAAACAAACAAGCUAGAUGUCAGAAGCACUCGUGUCGGUUUCCGUUGCCACCACACCUCAAGAAAGUUAAGCAAAUUAAGAGAAAUGGACAUGGAGGCUUCUGAGGUUCCUGCACCACCUCCGACUGAGUUGGCAGAGAUGUCGGAAGAGAACGGCAGUCUCGCCGUGGUCCCUGAGGCCCCCGUAGUAGGCCCCGACCCAGCUACCUUCUCAAUGCCCCCAGCUUCAGAAGACGAGGAGGGAGAACUGCCCGCCGACUUUGAGCGCCUGUGGAAGUCCGCCCACGACAAUCCUCAAGACUUCACCAGCUGGACUGACCUGCUGCAGUACUGUGAGCAAGAGAGUCACAUGACAGCGUCACGCAGAGCGCUAGAGGCCUUCCUCACUCGCUACCCGCUCUGCUACGGCUACUGGAAGAAAUUCACCGAUCUGGAGCGCCGUGCUGGGUACAACAACAAAGCCGAGGAGGUGUGUAUUCAGGGUCUCCAGGCAAUCCCUCUGAGUGUAGAUCUGUGGAUCCACUACAUCAAUCUGCUGCUGGGAACACUGGACAUGAACCUGCCGGAGUCACCCGCGCGGAUUCGCAGUGUGUUCGAGGAUGCGGUUGUAGCAGCAGGUCUGGACUUCCACUCAGACCGGCUUUGGGAUCUUUAUGUCGAGUGGGAGAAGGAGCAAGGCAACAUGAAGAACGCAUCAGCCGUCCUGGACAGAGUCCUUAAAGUCCCCACCCAGCUCUACAACACCCACUACGAGAAGUUCAAGGACCACCUGAACAGCCACGAGCCCAAGGAGGUGCUUUCCCCGGAGGAGUACGAGGAGCUGAGGACGCUGUGCCGUCAGAGUCAGAAGGCGGAGCGUGCUGAACAGGCCCAGGAGGAGGAGGAGGAGAGGCCGCCAGGGGAGGAAGAGCCUGCCACACCUGAGGGCACAGACACGGAGGAAUUGAUGCAGAAGAUUAGGGAACAAGUGCUUGUUCGCAGGGACAAAGUGUACCAGGACAACGAGGGAGAAGUUCGCAAGAGAUGGCACUUUGAAGACGCUAUCAAACGGCCCUACUUCCACGUCAAGCCACUAGAUCGCCUUCAGCUGCGGGCCUGGCACUCCUACCUGGACUGGGAGAUCGCUCAGCUCAACAAGGACACCAAAGACUCCCAAGAUGGCCAACAAGAUCCAAACCAGGAAGCCAUAGAGGGGUCAGAGGUUGCUGCCCAACCUCAGGACCAAUCAGAGGAUGCUGCGGUUGCCCAUGAUGACCGCAGGGUUCGCAUUCUCUUCGAGCGCUGUCUGAUCGCCUGCGCUCUGUAUGAGGAGUUCUGGAUCAGGUACGCUCAGUACCUGGAGUCGCAGAGUGUGGACGAGGCACGGGCUGUUUUCAAACGAGCCUGUGAGAUCCACCUGGCGUACAAACCCAACAUCCACAUGCAGUGGGCCACGUUCGAGGAGAGGCACGGUGACUUAACCGAGGCCCGGCGAGUGCUGGAGGCCCUGGAGAAAACUCUACCCGGGUUGGCAGUGGUCCGUCUUCGCCGGGCAGCUUUAGAGAGGCGAGCGGGCCAGCUGGACCAAUCAGAGGCCUUGCUGCAGGAAGCAGUGGCCGAAUCCAAAGAAAAGCCCACGUUACAUGCGUUUUAUUCUAUCAAGCUGGCUCGCCUGCUGCUGAAACUGGGCAGGAACCCCAGCAGAGCCCGCAGAGUUUUACAGGAGGCGCUGGAGAUUAGUCCGGAUAACGAUAAGCUGCACCUGAACCUGUUGGAGCUGGAGGUAUCGGGGGACCCCUGGGUCUCAGCUGAGGCGGUGCAGGAGUGUGUGACGCGAGCCCUGGCAGCUCCCCUCGCCCCACACACCAAGAUCCUCUUCUCACAGAGAGGUCUGCAGUUCGCAGAGGACUACAGCAACUCUAUCCAGAGUGUGCUGUCUGUCUACGAAGAGCACCAGAAACUGCUGAAGGAGCUGGGUGGAACGAAGAGGGAAGCAGAGAACGGGGAUGAGGACCCAGAGAAGAUGAGCAAAAGUGAAGACGGCUCUGCUGUUGCUGUGUCUGCAUCAGUCGCACCUACCAUGCCACAUGUCCCCAUCACCACACCCCCUCCUCCGGUGAUGGGCGCCGACGCAAACGCACAGGCUGGCUACGGGGGAUACAGCAACUGGUAUCAGCAACCGCAGUACGCCGGCUACGGCUACCAGAACACCUGGAACUACAACCAAGGCUACUAUCCUCCCAGCUAAAGGGGGCGACAGUGACACCAAGAAGCCACAGGAAAUGGUUUAAUCCAGAAUGACUCCUUAGCUGAACAAAAAACUCAACCACCCAGUCCUGCUGGUCCACCUGCUAAAAUAAUAUCCCAGCAUCCUUUCCUCCUCCGUCCUUCCUCUGAGUUACCUCACUGUCCUGGAUUUGUUUAAAUAAGGGGCAGGAGUUAAGCUCUUUUAGCAUUUCGUGUCAUGUCAGUGUUGAUUCUGGGGGAGAGGUGGAAAGAUGAUGAAAGGAAACUGACGCUCCCAUUCGCAGUACAUCAGUGUCUCUUCAUUUUAAUCAGAAAUAUUUUUGUAUUUGUUUGCAAGCCCAACCCCUUCGCUCCUGUUUUAAAGUCAUCUAGUCUAUCCAACUUUACAGGUGACAUGAUUGACAUUUUGUACCAUUCCAGCGAAGGCUAUUUGUUGUUUUUUUCUAAUGUAUAUAAAGGUGUUUUAUAGUGUGUCACAACAGAACGGUUUGUGUUGUGUCUGUUUGCUGAAGUACUUCCAUAAUGAGGGUGAAAAAUUCACCGGCACGCUAGUUAGUUUGAUAGUCACAUAGCCAGCAGGUUUCAGAGGUUGUAAUCUUCACCUCAAUAAUCUGAAAAAAAGAAGGAAGGAAAAGGCUCCACUUGUUGCUUUUUAUAUUAAAUCUCUUAAAGUCGUUUAUGGUGCUACAGUACCAGCUAAAAGCAAAAGUCCAGAAAACUCACAUUAAAGUAGCUAAAAAACUCACACUUCUUUCCUACAGGGUCUUUGGCAACAGUCCACUUGUGCACACAGACAUGCAGGUCUUACUUAUUUACAAAGUUAAUGGACUUGUGUUUUUUUGCCCAUUAGAUUACCCGACGUGUAAGUGAAGACCACAGCCUCUGAAAUCCGCUGGCUGAAUAAAUUAGGUCUUGUCAGAGCAGAAAAACUUCUUAUUUUGUUUGUCAUGGAGGUCCAGUUCACUUGUUUUAAAACGCAGCGGGCUGUCCUAAGUCCUCGGUAGUCUUUGGCCUAUUGCAAAUUUACACGGUUCAAUAAAAUGCCUGAAACGAACCAUUUCACAUAACUUUGGGAGAAGUCAAUUAUGAUGAGAAUUCAGUUUAAUACGUUGCAAAACAUUACAACCUUGUUAAAUGUGCAGUUGUUCAAUUAUAUGUAGUGAUUAAAUUGAUUCUUGCUGUCAAGAAAUCACAUGGAACAAGUGUUAAUCUGUCUCAGUAG